AUGGAGCGCCGGGCCCGCGGCUGGUGGCUGCUGUGCGCGGCCGCCGCGUUGGCCGCCUGCGCCCGCGGAGACCCAGCCAGCAAGAGCCGGAGCUGCGGCGAAGUCCGUCAGAUCUACGGCGCCAAGGGCUUCAGCCUGAGCGACGUGCCGCAAGCGGAGAUCUCGGGUGAGCACCUGAGAAUCUGCCCCCAGGGAUACACCUGCUGCACCAGUGAGAUGGAGGAGAACCUGGCCAACCGCAGCCGCACCGAGCUGGAGACAGGCCUUCGAGAUAGCAGCCGUGCCCUGCAUAUCACACUCACCGCCCAGCUGCGCGGCUUCGACGACUAUUUCCAACGCCUACUGAAUAGCUCCGAACGGGCACUGCAGGACACCUUCCCCGCAGCCUUUGGGGACCUGUACACGCAGAACACCAAGGCCUUCCGAGACCUGUAUGCCGAGCUGCGUCUCUACUACCGAGGUGCCAACCUGCACUUGGAGGAGACACUGGCUGAGUUUUGGGCCCGUCUGCUAGAACGCCUCUUCAGGCAGUUGCACCCACAGCUGCUGCUGCCCGAAGACUAUCUGGACUGCCUGGGCAAGCAGGCCGAGGCCCUGCGGCCCUUCGGGGAUGCCCCUCGUGAGCUGCGCCUACGAGCCACCCGCGCCUUCGUGGCAGCUCGCGCCUUCGUGCAGGGCCUGGGCGUGACCAGUGAUGUGGUCCGCAAGGUGGCCCAGGUGCCCUUGGGUCCAGAGUGUUCAAGGGCCAUCAUGAAGCUGGUUUAUUGUGCCCACUGCCUGGGGGUGCCCGGUGCCCGGCCCUGCCCCAACUACUGCCGAAAUGUACUCAAAGGCUGCCUUGCCAACCAGGCCGACCUGGACGCGGAGUGGAGGAACCUUCUGGACUCCAUGGUUCUUAUCACCGACAAGUUCUGGGGUCCCUCUGGCACCGAGAGUGUCAUCUCCAGUGUGCACAUGUGGCUGGCGGAGGCCAUCGAUGCCCUCCAGGACAACAGGGACACGCUCACAGCCAAGGUCAUCCAGGGCUGCGGGAACCCCCAGGUCAACCCUCAGAGCACUGGGCCGGAGGAGAAGCGCCAUCGGGGCAAGCUGGAGUCACAGGAAAAGACCCCUUCCGGCGUACUGGAGAAGCUGGUCUCCGAGGCCAAAGCUCAGCUCCGCGAUGUCCAGGAUUUCUGGGUCAGCCUCCCAGGGACACUGUGCAGUGAGAGAGUGGUCGUAAGCACCGCCAGCGAUGACCGCUGCUGGAACGGAAUGACCAAGGGCCGGUACCUCCCCGAGGUGAUGGGAGAUGGCCUAGCCAACCAGAUCAAUAACCCCGAAGUGGAAGUGGACAUCACGAAGCCAGACAUGACCAUCAGGCAGCAGAUCAUGCAGUUGAAGAUCAUGACCAAUCGGCUGCGCAGCGCCUACAAUGGCAAAGACGUGGACUUUCAGGACGCCAGUGACGAUGGCAGCGGCUCCGGGAGCGGCGGUGGCUGCCCAGACGAUGUCUGCGGGCACAGAGUCAGCAAGAAGGGCUCCAGCUCUCGGACGACCGCGACGCACGCCCUCCCCGGCCUGUCCGAGCGAGAGGGCUCGUCCUCUACUGGCCCCCGGCCCCAAGCGCCCCUCUUCCUUCUCCUCCUCACCUUGGUCCUCGCAGCUCCCAGGCCCCGGUGGCGGCUUGACCUCGCCACCCUGGCUAUUUACUUCCUACAAGGCCCUCAGGUCAGCAGGGAGCAAGUGUCCCCCAAGCCAUGUAUUUUCAGGGACCUCAGGGGAACGGUGGUGGCGGCUGCUGCCUGCACGUGCUGCCCUGCCCACCCGUCCACCUCCGCCCUGGGCAUCCCUAGGACCGGAGUUGAGUACCCCAAAGACCACGUGUCUGAGGGGGCCACCAACCCUCAAUGUCCUGCAGCCCUGCAUCACUGCCCCUCCACAAAGCCCUGCCUGGACCCUCCUUCCUCUCUGUUCUUCCAGCACACCACCUCCCUGCCAGGCUUUGUCUCCAUGUGCAGUCCUCCAGAGCUGAGGGCCAAGCAACCUGGAGAGCAGGUGCGGGGUCCAUCUCAUGGAGACCCCGAGGGCCGGGCUGUGCCCCACAUGUCCUGCUCUCACUCCGAAGGCCAGAACGCCUGUGUCCAGGUGUACCUACGUGUGCCUGGCAGGAUAUACCUGACACCCCCAAGACUGCUUCCUGCCCAGCCUGGGUCUCCAGAAGCCAUCUGCUUUCCAAUACUUACAGCUAGCACCGCCUUCAUGCCGUCCACGUCCAGAGCAGGGGAGACUCAGAUGCCCAAGCUCUGCUAUGUUCCCCUGGAGACCUCUCAUCGCUCCCCGGCCACUGGAUCUCUCCCCCACACCAGUGCGAGACUGGAAAUGUGCGGCAAGCUGCCCCCAGAGCCACUGUCUGAGGACUGUCCAGGCCUGGCAAUGUCACUAGCCUCCCCCUGCUCAGCUGCCCUGGUUCCAGAAGCCCCCAGCACACAGGGUCUGCAAUGCCCCACCUCAGAGAGAUUGGGCCUCAACUCAGUCUUCAACAACCUCAAGUCCACGUUAAACAGCCUCAGUGAGGGUCCAGAUCCCAAGUGGGUGUGGAGACCACCAUGA